GUCAUCUCUGUUGACGGUCACCCCUGUUUCUUCGAAAGACGGUAAGUGCUUUAUUUUCUAACUAUGCUCUAUCUACCCAAGAAAGUCAGAAAAAAAUCUUACUCCUACAUUAUCUUUUAUUACAGGAAUUAAGAUGAAUUUUUCUCCAAUUUCACAACAAAUAUCUCAAAAUGAAAUUGAUGGGAACAACUGCUUAGUCAACAAUGACAACUUCUUACUGUACAAAUGGAUGAUCUUGAGGGGUUAGAAGAGAUUUCUACUAGUACUGCUAUGGAAAUUGAAGGACCCAAAAUGUUGGGUGAAGAUGACAUUAUUGGUGGGAUGCCUCGUAAAGAUGGGAGAGCUAGGGAAAUGUAUCAAAAUUUUGGUGAUGUUGUGGUUUUUGAUGUGACAUAUCGGACUAAUACAUUUCUUUUACCAUUUGCUCCAUUUACUGGUGCGAACCAUCAUGGGCAGUCAACCUUGUUUGGAUGCGCCCUCCUAUCGGAUAACCAGGAAGAUAGCUUUGUGUGGUUAUUUGAGCGGUGGCUGCGGUGCAUGGGGGGUAAAGCACCUGGUGCAAUUAUCACUAACCAGGACCCAGCAAUCACUAAUGCAAUUAAAAGGGUUUUUCCGAACACACGUCAUAGGGACACAUUUUUUGCUGGAAUGAGAUCAAGUAAACGAAGUGAGAGCAUUAAUUCAUUUUUUGAUGGUUAUGUGAACUCUAUGACACCAUUAUUCGAGUUUGUUGGCCAAUAUGCUAAAGCUUUACAAUGUCAUCGUGAUGAGGAAGUGAAUGAAGACAUGUGGACAAUGAGAGCAAAGCCAAAUCCGUGUCACUUGCAUAAGUUAAAAGUUCGAGCUGGAAUGGUUUACACUAGAAAGAUAUUUGCUAAAUUUCAGAGUGAGUUCAAAGAUUCUUUAUGUUGUGUGCAUGAUGAAGUAGCUACUAAUGAUGGGAUGACCACAUAUGAUGUUAGUUAUGGGUUUGGGGACAAGGUUGAUUCACACUCCGUGCGAUGUGGUCCGUCCAAGGAGGAGUUUGCUUGUACUUGUGGGAAGUUUGAGACUAAUGGUAUUUUGUGUAAACAUAUUCUUCACAUAAUGACGCAAUGUUAUCAAAUGGAAGAGAUUCCUGAACAAUACAUUUUGGCUAGAUGGACCUUGGCAAAUAGAUAUAGUAGUAAACAAGCUCAAUUGAUAAGCACAUCAAAAGAAUUAGUGGUUUCUGCACUUGCUUCUUGGAAUCUUCGAAAAUCUCUUAAUGAAGUGCAUGACCAAGCAGUAAGUCAUGGCAAACUUUAUAAUGUUGCUGCAGCAGCGAUGGAAGAUUUGAGAAGGCAAUUAUAUAGUAUUAGAAAGGAGCUUAAAGGUUUGGUUACUGAACAAAGUGAGCAAGAUUUUGGUGCUCAAGCAAUAUCUUAAGAUUUAAUUUCAAGUAACAUAGAUAUUCGUGAUCUGGAAAGGGUUAGAACCAAGAGUCGACCAAAGGAACUUUCUAGGAUUUCUGCAGGAAAACAAGUGUCACAAAAUAUAACUCAUAUUAGAAGGCGAACUUGUAGCACAUGUGGUAUUAAAGGUCAUGAUUCUAG